GUCAGCAUCGACACUUUUGUGGACAGAUUUAUCGACCAUGCUAAGAAGUUGGCUUCGAAACGAAAAAGUGGACAGGAGGAAAAACUCAUCAACAAUAUAAAAGCUGCUGUUCGUCAGUUAGCUGAUGAACGUAGAAGAAUACAACUCUGCGAUGGCUGUCAAGUCCUGAAGCUUCUGGAGGCCCAAAACGAAACCUUCAAAUCGUUAAGUAUCUCCAGUAGGUGGACGCACUGCUCUCUUUUGCUCCUCAAGCAUCUUUUGAAGAGUGAGCAAAUCACGAAGAAUGGAAGUGUGCUGUCAAGUACAGUAUUUGUACGCGAACUCGUCUAUGAUUGGAUGUUGCAAGCCGCUACAUUUGAUACGUUUGGUGCCGUGAUUACAGUAAUAGAGAACCUCUCACUGAACGACUUGAUAGAGAAGUUCCUGAACGAAUACGCAUCCGAGGAUAUAGUGCUUGAGGAGCAACGAGCAGUGUUGACGUGGAAAUGCAUCAGCUUGACUCGCGUAGUUGACAGCAGAAGGUCAACCCGAAUACUUCACGAACUUGCAGCCGCUUGGCCAAAAAAGCGGGGUUUCACAGCAGCCGCCGAUCUGAUCACCAGCGUUCAUCACUUGGUUGGAGUAGCUCGUAAUCAUCCCAACGUUGCGAAAACAUGUAUUACAUUGUUCAAAGUGGUUUUUUGA